AUGGAAGUAGAGAUCAUAGAUAGUAAGUGGCUGAAAAUCAAGGAAGCUGUGACAUCAACCUUUGAAGAAGAACUGGGGAAUAAGAAGAUACAACACAAGGAAUGGAUUUCUGCGGAGACCUUGCACAGGAUCCAAGAAAGGAAAGGAAAGAAGCCAGGCAACAGAAGCAGAGCAAGCUGCGUACCAAGAAGCUUUCAUGAAAAUACAGCAAGCCUGAGAGACCAGUAAAGGAAAAAGACGGUAGAUCAAUCAUCGGAGAAGAAGGAGAGAGAAGACGGAGAGAGAAGACGAUGGGUGGAGCACUUUGAAGAACUCCUCAACAGACCAGCGCCACAGAAUCCACCAGACAUCCCACCAGCUGAUAGAACCUUGCCCGUAGAUUGCAACAAGCAAACCAAGGAAGAGAUCCGCAAUGCCAUCAGACAGCUAAAGAAAGGCAAGGCGGCAGGACCAGACAAAAGCGCUGAAGGCCGACGUAUAAACUACAGUGGAGAUGCUCUACCCCCUCUUUGA